AUGUGGUUACGAAAUUUUGAAUACUUAGAUGAGAAAUGGCUGAAAUGCAAUCUUAAUGGGGCCUUGAAAGAUCCUUACUUUACUAGAUCUGCCAUUUUUAAUACCUUAAUCAGUGACAAUGAGCUAUCAGACACAAAAUACCAAUCGAUAGUCAACCCCAUCGGAAGAUUAUCGUAUUUAAGAAGCGAUGGUAAAUAUUAUUGUGGUGGAAAAGUUCUUAAUUGUUCAUGUUGUGAGGGUGUUUGUGGCCCGACAUCUUCAUGUGUAUGUGAUUACUGUCAAUUAGUACCGGGAUCAUUAGAAUUAAGUGAGGAUGUACAGAAUCAUCAAGAAAAAGCCAAUAACAAUGCAACAACAAGUGAAUCAUAUAUUGAGUCUUGGAUGUGGGGUCCCAUUCCAGAUGAUAAUCAACUCAACACCUGCAUUAAAAAACUUCUUGCAGAACAGCGAAAAAUUUGUUUGCAAGCAAGUGACAAUAGUCUUUCAAGUUUCUCAUUAAAAAUGAUUUUAAAAAUAUAUGAACGAUAUUUUGUGGCACUUGCGAGAACUAAAUCAAAGAAAAUUGCACCUGAAAACCGUGAAAGUUUCUUUAUUGAUGUUAAUAAUUUGAAUUAUGACUUUGAAAUCAAAGAAACAAAGCUAUCGAAAGGAGAGAAAGCAAAGGUUGAAUUAGCAAAAAUUGGCUCUCGAACGGCAUUAAACUUCUUCUUUGCAAGUUUAAAAAAAGCAUGGAAAUCAGGUGACACUGAGUUAUGCGGUGAACUUUUGAGUGAUUCCCUCGAGACUAUUCAGUUAUCUCUCGAACCUGGAGCUCUGUUUGACACUUCAAAUCUCUCACCAUUAUGGAUGGAAGCAAUUGAGAAAUCGAUAAAGUUUUUAAGACAAAUCGUUCUGGCAAGUGAGAAUGAAUCAGGCGAAAUUCAAAAUCAAAUUCCUAAAGCAGAUAGAAAUAUUUCUCUUAAUUUGUUACUUGAACUUGAGAUGCAAAAAGGAACCUUAGCAGGUUCAUUAGAAGGUGUUCUGCUUCUUUUAAGUGUGUCGGAAAUAAAUACAAAUCAAGAUAAUCGUCAAACACCAUUGGAAAGCAAUGGAAUUCCUUUAGUGAAAAUACUCAAAAGAUAUGAAGAAAUUAAUAAAAAUCUUGGCAUUUUGCCAUCGACUACUGACCAGCAUCCAUUUAGUCCAACAGAAUCUUUCUUACGAUUUCUUUCACUACCCGAAGAUGAUGAAGAUGAAGAAGCUUUAAUUGAUGCUCAACAAGCAGCAGUAAUAAUUAUAAGUCAUCUUGAUAGAAUAUGUCGUUCACACCUUCCCAGCAAAAUGUGGACAUCAAGAAUCCAAAAUUAUCGAAAUCAACAAAUUAUUUCACUUGGGUAUAAUGGAUUAUCGCCAGAAUUUAACGUUUUCUCAUCAGAAUCAGAAGAUAAAUGGAUGUAUGAAUACACACGAAUGUCAAACUAUGCUGCACCGACGAUAGAUUUUGGAGCUAAUAUAGUUGUCGAUCAAAUUGCUUGCGCUGAAAAUGUCAUUCACCUAUUAAGCACAUCUGGUGAUGUUUAUGAAGUUAAACUGCAGUCAGAGCAAACAAAAGCAAUAAGAAUUGAUGGAUUUGAUUCAAAUUCAAUUAUCAAUAAAAUAAUUUCGCAUUGUGAAGGUCGCCAUUAUUUGGCAUUGACAUUAGUCGGUGAAAUUUACUCAUGGGGUUUGGGAGAAUUCGGACGUUUAGGGCAUACUGAGGAAUGUCUUUCGAAGGAACAUCCAACGAAAAUACAAUAUUUAGCGAACAAACAAAUCAUCAAUGCAUCAUGUGGGACGACAUAUACUGCUGUAAUUACAAAUAAUGGUGAACUUUACACUUUUGGUCAAGGAAGAUUUGGUAAACUUGGCCAUGGCAAUUCUGACGAUAAAUUUAUUCCAACAUUAGUGACAGCUUUGAAAUCUCAUAAAAUCAUUGAUGUAUCAUGUGGCGACUCGCAUACACUUUGUGCAACUGAUCAAGGCAAAGUAUUUGUGUUCGGGGAUGGUGAUUUCGGUAAGCUUGGAAUUGGACCGACAAAUGGAUCUCAAGUUCCAAUCUUGAUUGAAGGCCUUGCUAACAUUAGCAACGUUUAUUCUGGUCCACAUUUUAGUAUGGCAGUAACAACUGAUGGAAUGUCAAUCUACACUUGGGGAAGAUGUGGACGAUUAGGACAUGAAAAUGAAGUUGAAAAAGUAUCAGUUGGUUCAGCACAUUGUUUGUUAUUGAUGAGUAGUGGUGAAUUGUAUGGUUUUGGAAAGAAUGAUUUCUCACAAGUUUGUCCGCCAUGUAUCACCAAAGAUUCAAUUAUUGCAAAGCCAAUAUUAACAACACCACCAUUCCUUAAAAUUAGUGGAAUAUCUUGUGGUUCUACUCAAAGUAUCAUUUGGUCUCAUUCAUCAAUGAUUUGUAUUCCACCAAAAAUUCCAUUUGUUAUAGAUUUGUCUGAACAAACAUUUAGAUUAUUGGAUCAGUUGCUAUAUUGUGUGUGCGGAGGAUUAAAUUUAACAACAGCAACAACUUCAUCUGCAAGUGAAACCGAUCACCCCCCAAGUCAAGAAACAGAAUGCAUUGCAGUUGCAUCUUUAAACCUAAUGUGUCUACAAUUUCAUGCAAUGAUUUGUAACAACAUAUCUCCGAAGAAAGUUGGUCUUACAGGAGCACGAUUGAAAAGUAUAAAGUCAAGAGUUUUACAACUUUCAGGAGGAAAUGCAGUUCUUAAGACUAUUCAAGAAGCAGCGCAAAAUGCGUUGCAGAUUGGUUGGUCAAUUUUAUUACCAACACCAUCUGAACGUGCACAAACGUUAACUUCUUUACUUCCUGAUCCAACACAAGCAUCUGCACAUCGCUUCAUGACAGAUCUUCUUGUCGGUUCUAUAAUGGCUGAAGGUGGACUUGAGACUGCUUUGAAUCAAAUCAUUAACUCAGAACGACAAGAUUGUGAUCAACUUCCAUUGUUGGAUCUUUUAAAACAGCUUUUACAUAAUAAUUCAACAUUAACCCAAUCACGAUUAAAUCAACUUUUAAUUGAAAGUUCAUCAAAAGUAAAUGAUGUACAUUCCUUCAUUGAUGAAACAUCGUCUCCAAGUAUUGAUUUACUUCACAAAUUUCAAAGACUUUUAUUGUCUCACAUUUGUUCAGCUAAGCAUGAAGAUUUGUCCGGUGCUGAAUCACUUCUUGAAUCUUAUAUAAUCCUCAUGUCAUCACUUUGUGUGUCAACACUGACAAAAGCACAAGAUGUGAUCAAUCAAAAUAAAGAAGACGUGGCUCUCAUCCUUCAAAGUGAUAUAUCUGAUUCUCUUCUUUACGAACUUCUCCUUGGAAUGAUUUUAGUUCAAAAAUCACGACCAGGAUUUUUGUCGUCUUUCAAAUGGAUGGAAAAUUUUCUCCCACUUUUAAAAACAUUAGAUAAUUUAAAUCGUCUAAUAUAUGAUGUUGAAGUUAAGAAUUCUGAUCAUAUGGGAUGGCCGGGAAUAAUUUGUCGUGAUAGUGAUAAUGAUAAACUUAACAUUAUAUCAGAUACAGAAUUUAUUAGAAAACAUGAUUUUGAAAAUAGCUUAUUGGAUGGAAGUCGAUGGAUUAUUAUCAAUGGAUGUAUUUAUGAUAUUAAAGAUUUUACAGCAUCUGAUACUGAAUCUCAAACUUUCUUGGAUAAUAAUAUCGGAAAAGAUCUAACAAAUGAACUAAAUAAUUUGCAGUAUCAAAAGAUUUUCGAUGAUAUCACAAGCAGCAACAGUUUUCUGGUUGGUAAAUAUGAGUGUGAAAGCUCAAGAAAAAUCCAUAAAUUUACGAAUCAGAACUAUGAGAAACUUUCAUAUUUUGAAUCUGAGAAAACGUUAGCUUGGAUACUUGGCAUGAGAUCAAAUAUACUUCAAAAUGCUUCAUCAUUUCAACCUGCUGAAGUUAUGUGUAAGAAAAUGUUAAAUUCGAUCAUUCUCCGUGGUGGUUUACAAACAAAUAUAACAAAUCCGUUUGAUGAAGAGAAAUUUGAAGCGAGAAGUAGUGGAUCAACAGCUGGCAGUACGCCUACGACAGAUGGUGUUAAUCUCCUUGGUGAACCUGUUCAGAUAACACAAUUCCCCCCAAUGCAAAUAAGAAUUCAAUCUUUUAUUUAUGGACUAGCCGAGGGCCGAACUAAUGACACAACCGUCAGCGCAUGGAUUUCAUUGUCUGAGAAAUUCUGUAAAGAGAAUAAUUUAAUAUGGCAUCAAGAAUAUUCAACAGAUCAUCCGAUCAUUGAUGUUGAUAGACUUUUAACAGCAGUUUUAAUUCGUCACCAAAGUUUAGGAACUUUAAUACUGGCCGUUAUCGAUAGAGAUAUGACUGGGAUUAAUGGAAAAAUUCCACAACCAAUAAUUGAAAUUAUUAAAAUCGUUCAUAUGAUGAAAUGGAAUUUAAUUAAAAUCCGUCAACAACUGAAUCGAAGUUAUAAAGAAGUGUGUACACCAAUUCUUGAAAAAUGUCGCUUUCUUCUUUAUGAAGUUCGUCCAGCAAUAAGUCCUGAACAAGCAGGUUUAAAAAGACUUUUCGAGCAUUAUAAAGAGCCGAGAUUUCGAACAAUUGUUCGACAAAUUAUUGAAGAUAGUCGUGUUAAUGGAAAUAAAGACACUGAUUCGGACAAAAUUGAUGAUUUAUUGAAUGCUUCAAUUCAAAGCACACACAACUCAUCUUUGAGCAAAGUUGCACAGUUUGUUAGUGAACAUUUUGAGCGACAUUUAUCAUCAGAGAGCUUACACAAAGUUGACAGUACUGAAGCUAUCACCAAUCAAAUCACAUCAAAAGCUCCAUCAAAUGAAAAUCUUUUAACGUCAUCUGAUCAACUAAAUGAAGAAAUAAAUCUUCUUGAAGAGCCCUCAGAAAGCGAGUUUAAGCCUUCAGUAAUGAUGAAUAAUACAAAUGAUGAAUUUGUCAACAAUGUUAUUCUGAAACUCAAUGAACGUUACAAUCAAAAUGAAGAUCACUUGUUUAAAAGUAAUGUCAACAAUCAAAUUGUUGAUUUUGUAAUGCAAGAAAACUAUGAUGUUGAAACAUUGAGACGUGCAAUGUUCUGUCAAAUACAACGUUACCAGACAAGAAAGGAAGGUCUGAAAAUGUUCAAAGAACUCUUAUCAAUUGAAAAUCUACUUGAUGCUGCCAAGUAUAACAUCUACAAUGGAUUUUUAAAUUCAGCUUAUGCAGAAGAAAAUAACGAUAAUAAUGAAAAUUACGACCAUAUUUUAGAAAAUUUAAACUUGAUCACAGCAUAUCAAAAAGCUGAUAUUUUGAUUGCACAUUCACAUAUUCUUGAAUGGACUAUUAAAGAAUUUCAAAAGUACGUGAAUCAAGAGCAUUUUGUUGGUAAGCAAAAGUGGAGUCACGGCGACAAAGAUCAAACAAAUCUGGGAACUUAUGUGUUUUUAAAGAAAGUUUCACGUGCUCGUUUUCUCUUAACAAUCUUCGGAUUAUUGGCUAAAAAUUACACUGGAAAUGAGUUGAGCUUACUUAUAAAUUCGGGAUUGUUAGGGUCAAGUCUUGGCUUGUUACAUCAGACAGGAAACAAUGAUCUUCCAUUGAGUAACAAGACUGAUAAGGAGUUAAGUAUCGUAUACGAAGAAGACAUAAAACUUCGUCACAACAUUUCUAAAGAUGGACUUCUCAGUGGACCAGAAUUGGUAAAACAAAUGAAGAUUGGAACACGUGUUGCUCGCGGUAGCGAUUGGAAAUGGGGAGAACAAGAUGGAAAUGGCGAAGGAAGAAUUAUUAGUGAAGUUGGUGAUGAUGGUUGGGUCCGUGUUGAAUGGGAUACGGGAGCCACAAACUCUUAUCGAAUGGGGAAAGAAGGACAAUAUGAUUUGAGAUUGGCUGACAGUAGCUUCAAGACAAUAUCACCUGAUAAGGAAAGUGACAAGAAUAAUGAAGAAUUAUUCGAAUCAAAACUACAACAGAAUGAAAUUCAUCCAACUAAACUACUUAAAAAUGCUUGCAUUAAAUUAUUACAAAUGAUUUCGACAUCUGUUGGUGUUCAUGGCGAUAAAAUGCAACAUAAUGCUGUCAGAGUUUUUGUGACAAUGUUUUAUUCAAUUUUAACUCAACGUAAUAAUGUCUCAAACAUGGGAUUAGAUGCUUGGCGAACUGUAGCAUUUCUACGUGGAAUUCUCAAAUCACAAAGCAUUUCAAAGUACAUCACAAGCGAUUUAUGGAUAAAAUUAUUUUUCGAAAUGCUUCGAAUACCGACUCUAAGCGAGAAAGAUGUUUACAAAAAAGUUCAAUGUAUUCGACUACUUCAAACGACUUUAAUUCAAUGGUCUGAUGAUGACAUUUAUCGAAUUGAUGAAAUCGUUAAUCAAUUAUUUUUGUUACUUGGAAAUAUUUUAAUGAAUUGUCCACAUGAUAUUUCAUUAACACAUUUACCAGUAGGAAUAAAAACAAAAGUUCUUUCAAGCGCAUCACAUUCAGGAACAAUUGCUGAAGAAUUGAUUUCAUUACUUCGAAAACUACACACUUUACCAUUGUGGAAUGACGUCAUCAACAGUUUCAUAUCGCAGAAGAUGUGCGUAGCUGCUGAUAUGUUUAUUGACACUGAACGUUGUGAGAAUAAUGUUUAUAAUGAGAACUUGAAUGUUGCAGCUGCACUGAGUGUUAUUGGAGGUUUUGAUCCACGGCCAAGAAUUGGAAUUGAUCUCGUCUAUGAUAGUAUGAAAUGUUCAAUAUUUAGAAUGGCAAGAAGGGUCAUUCUAAGUGUUCAUGGAUCAAAUGAAACAUUAAGUGUUUCAUUUGCAAAGAUAGAAAAGUCAAUCGAACAAGGAAUCUUCAGUUUAUCGAAGCUUUCACUUAAUGAAAUGUUAUUGAACUCGUUUGCUGUAUUGAUGUAUGGAAUGAAUAUUGAAACCGCCACUAAUAGUCCAGACUCAUGUGGGUUUGACUUGUCACUUCUCACCUAUCAACAAAUACAUUUGGCUUCGUUGAAAGCCACCCAAGUUCUCUUCCGACAUCAAAGUCUUUUGAAAACAAUUCUUAGACAAAGAUCGCCUGGCAUUGCAAAGUAUUCGUCUGAUGACAGCAUGUCAGACGAUUCUAAGAAUGCGAAAUCUGAUGAAAAUGAUGAAAAAAAAUCGGAAUUGAUAUCUAAUGAUCAUCAAACAAAGCAGGAGUUACUUGUUCAAAGUAUUCUCUCCCGUGCCAUUCAAUCGAGUCCAUUGAAAGCUUGCUUUACACAAUCAGAAAUGGAAAUUGCAGCAUUAGCAAUUUGUCAAACCUUAGCAGCUCAUUUUAAGAAUAAUAUUCCUCAAGUCAAGUUCCAGAAUGUCAAAUUAGCGACAAUGAUUCAUGGCGUUGCUGUUUACAAUGAAGUAAUCCAAGAUAUCUCGACGAAUAAUUUCGCAUGUAGCAGCACUUCAGAACCUUCAAGAGCAAAUCCAGCUACGAAACUUGUCAUUCAAAUUAUGGAAAUGGGUUUUUCAAGAAAAACAGUAGAACUUGCACUUAAACAAAUUACGAAUCGUGUUGAGAUUCUUCCAACAGCUGAGCAAGUUGUUCAAUGGAUAAUUGAUCACCCCGAAUCAGUUAUGGAUGAAGAUUCCAAAGGAACACUCAACAAAAUCAAUAGUUUUAAUGUUGUCACAACAAUUGACAGUGAUAAUGAGAGUACAAGUUCAGAGAACUUGAAUUCAUCUUCAUUCAAUCAACAACAAACGAGAUUUGCAAGACGUGAUGACUUUAAAAAUGGUGACCAAUAUGCAAUAUAUGUGCGAAGUCACAUUUGUCCAGGUAUGUUGGUUCGGUGUUGUCGUGAUUUUGAAGAGAUUCGUGCUGGGGAUGUUGGAAUUGUCCUGAAAGUUGAACCCGAUGAAUUACAUGAUUUGAAUGUUCGAGUUGACUUUAAAACUCAUGAACGACCAUUUUGGAUGUGUUUUGUUCAUUUAGAGAUGGUUGAGCCACCUUCAGAUGAUAUCAAAUCAUCGAACAUCACUUAUGGCUCGCAUGUUAAGAUUAAAUCUUCAAGUACAAUUGCAAGAACCCAAGUUGUAAAGAAUGUGGUAGGAAUUGUCACUGCAGUCAAUGGCUUAGAAGUUAUUGUUGAUUUUCCCCAGCAAAAAUCGUGGUGUGGACAAUUGGGUGACUUGGAACUUGUUCAUCCAGCAUCAACAGAAAAUGAACUUUAUGAUAUAAUCGAAGAUUGGUCCCAAUGUCUGAAAUCCCUCACAGUUUCAUCCAAUGAAGGAUCAGCAAGAAAUCUUCUCGAAAGAUCGACAGCUUUCUGGCAAAGCUCAAACACUCAAGGACGACCAUGGAUUCGAUUAGAGAUGAGAGAAAAUAUUCUAAUCCAUGCAAUGACGGUGAGAAUUGAACCUAAUGAUUGUUCACAUCAGCCAAGUACAAUUAUCAUUCGAACUGGUGAUAAUCUUUCCAACUUAAAAGACUUUAAUUGGGUUACGAUAAGAUCAAAUGAUACUCAUGUAGUGUUGUUAUCAAACGUUCGUCAAUAUUUCAAUUGGAUUGAAAUUUACAUAAAACAAUGUCGUAAUAAUGGUAUUCAAUGUCGAAUUCAUGAUUUAUAUGUCAUUGGAAAACGAAAGCAGACUGAUGUCGAUGCGAUGUUAUCAAAUGCAAACUUUCUAGCUAAUGAUUGUGAUACUAUUGAGCCAACUUAUUCAACAACAUACAAUAAUUAUAACAUCGACGACAAAUCUAUUUCUAGUCGAAGAGAUAGUUUAGGAGGAAAGGAUGAAAAAAUGAGUCGAGUUUAUGUUUGGGGCUUAAAUGAUAAAGAGCAACUUGCUGGUCUUAAAGGAUCUAAAGUGAAGAUUCCAAUGUUUUCGUCAGUUUUGUCAAAUCUCAAACCAAUUCAUAUUGCUGGUGGUUCUAAAUCAUUAUUUAUUGUAUCGCAAGAUGGAAGUUUAUAUGCUUGUGGUGAAGGAACAAAUGGAAGGCUUGGUUUAGGGCAUAAUAACAACGUAUCAAGUCCACAACAGGUGCCAGUCAUCAAUCAAUAUAUUGUGAAGAAAGUUGCCGUUCAUUCUGGUGGCAAACAUGCCAUGGCAAUAACACUCGAUGGGAAAAUCUUUAGUUGGGGUGAAGGUGAAGAUGGAAAAUUGGGUCAUGGAAAUCGAAUAACCCUUGAAAAGCCAAAGCUCAUUGAAUCAUUGAAAACUAAGAGAAUUCGAGAUAUUGCUUGUGGAAGUGCUCAUAGUGCCGCAAUUACAAGUCAAGGAGAACUUUACACAUGGGGCCUUGGUGAAUAUGGAAGACUUGGACAUGGCGAUAACAGUACUUUGUUGAAACCUAAAUUGGUUCAAAAACUUGUCGGUCAACGCGUUGUUCAAGUUGCUUGCGGAUCACGUGAUGCACAAACACUUUGUUUAACUGAAGAUGGAACUGUUUAUUCAUGGGGUGAUGGAGACUUUGGGAAGCUUGGAAGAGGCGGAAGUGAUGGUUGCAGUGUUCCACAACCAAUCGAUAGAUUGAAUAGCCUUGGGAUUAUUCAAAUUGAAUGUGGAGCACAAUUUUCGCUCGCAUUAACAAGAACAGGUGAAGUGUGGACAUGGGGUAAAGGUGAUUAUUAUCGUCUUGGACAUGGAUCUGAUCAACACGUUCGAAAGCCAACACCGAUUCAAUGUCUUCGUGGGAAGAAAAUUAUUCAUGUUGCUGUUGGGGCAUUACAUUGUUUAGCUGUUGCUGACACAGGUCAAGUUUAUGGUUGGGGUGAUAAUGAUCAUGGUCAACAAGGCUCAGGUAACACAAGUGUCAAUAAAAAACCUACGUUAGUUAUUGGACUUGACGGUGUCUUUGUCAAUCGUGUUGCCUGUGGAAGUUCACAUUCCAUUGCAUGGAGUUUGCCUGAUUUUGAAUCUGAAUUAGACAAGAAAGAGGCUGUUCCGUUUACAGUUUCGAAAGAUCCUUUAGGAGGCCAUAGUUUAGGAAUGUACUCACUUGACGACCAAACGACUUCAUCACCAAUUCUACACAAAAUCAAACAUCCUCGAAAAUCUCUAUCAGAAAUUGUGUUAUCAUUGGAGUCAACAUCGGCCUUGCAAAUAGCUUUAAGUAACAUUUUAAAUGCUAUUAAAAUAUUACAAGCACGUUCCUGUAUUAUUGCAGCAUUGACAAGUCAUGCUCAGAUAAAAAAUCAUCAAACAAUUUUUGAAACUGAUAAAAUAAUGAAAGAAGCAAAGUCAGAAGACAUAAUUGAACUUGAUAAGCAAGAAAUGAUGGCACAAGCUAAUCAACGUGAUCUUAUCAAUUCACAAAUAGCUAAUGGUGGUGGUGAAAGUUUAGCUGAAGAAUGUGAAAAUCCUUUUGAAGGAGAAAUGUUAAAUGAUACAGAAUAUCCAUCAAAUCCGCUGCCAAAUACAUCUAACAGCUUGUAUCGAAGUUUAACAAAUUCAAUGUCAAUGUCAGCUGCUUCAAGUUGCAACAACGCUGUAAAUGCUAGACAUUCAAAGAUGUCAACAAGUGCAAUGUCAGUAAUGGCUUGCAUUAUAAAUCAUCAGGAAGAAAUGAUCGCUGAAGUAGCGUCAUCUAAAUCGGGUCUGGAUGAUUUUCUCGUUUUGUUUGAGAGCAGUCAUCCAUAUGUUGAUGAUAUUACCCUUGUUGGUCAUGUGAAAAUUCCUGGAGCUGAAUUUCUUCGAAUUGAAUUUGAUUCCCAAUGUUCAACUGAGAAGCGAAAUGAUCCACUUAUCAUCAUGGAUUCUUCGGGUCGUGUGAUUGCCACAAGAUCUGGUCGAGAAUUUGCGCAAUGGGCCCAAGAAAUCAGAAUCCCUGGUGAUGAAAUGAGAUGGAAGUUUACAUCGGAUAACAGUGUAAAUGGAUGGGGAUUUCGAUUUAUGGUCCAUGCGAUUAUGCCAGCAUCAUAUUUACAAGAGCUUGGAUCUGAUAGAAAAAUUCUCUCACAGCCAUCGAUUGAUCUUGUCAUGGUGCUUUUAGAUUCAAAGCUUGCGCCACAAAAUCCAAAUGUUCUAUUAAGAUUAAUUUCAGCACUUUCUCAAUGUGCUCAAAAAGGAACUUUGUCGAUUAAUCAAAGAAUUUGGUGUCUAAAAAAGAUUCAUUAUUAUCUGACAACUUCGAGAUUUGCAUCACACACAUCAGACGCUUCUUUAAUGGAGAUUAUUCAGCCAUUAAUUCCAAUGAUUCUUAAACAAUAUGAAUAUGAAGAAAGUCAAGUUAGAACUGGCCUUCAUUUGAUGCAUUCUGAAUACUUUCAAUGUAUGAUCGCACUGGCUUGUGAUUUGAAUGUUGACAAUCUUUUACCAACUAAUGAAGCACACAAAUGGUCUUGGUUCAAGAGAUAUUGUACUGCUGUAAGAGUCGCAAAAGCGAUGAUUCGACGAACUUCACUUCCAAAAUCCUUUUGCUUUGAAGUUCGAAAGAAACUUGAGGCAACUACUGGUUCAGCUCCUGUCAACAAUGCUCCAAAUGAACUUUCUUCAUCAAUGACUUCAUCAUCAUCUUAUUAUCAAAGUUCAUCACUUCAAGCAUCAAUUCAAAAUGAAAAUGAACUCAGUGAAGCAUAUGAAAAGAUGCCAUUUGAAGAUCACACCAUCUUCACACUGAAUCAUGAUUCGCAACUUCUUCAAUGGUUCAAUCGAAGACCUGAAGAUUGGGCUUUUUCUUGGGGAGGUGGUGCAAGUACAAUUUUCGGAUGGGGCCAUAAUCAUCGCGGUCAACUGGGUGGAUUAGAUGGCAGUCGAAUUAAAAUUCCAACACCAUGUGAAGCUUUAUCACUUCUUCGACCAAUUCAGAUUGUUGGUGGUGAACAAACACUUUAUGCUGUAACGCAUGAUGGGAAGGUUUAUGCGACUGGCUAUGGUGCUGGUGGUCGUUUAGGAAUUGGUGGAGCUGAUUCCGUUGCUGUUCCAACUUUAAUUGAGAGUUUACAACAUGUCUUUAUUAAGAAAGUUGCUGUUAAUUCUGGUGGAAAGCAUUGUCUUGCUUUAUCAUCUGAUAAUGAAGUCUUUUCAUGGGGUGAAGGUGAAGACGGAAAACUUGGUCAUGGAAAUCGUGAUAGCUAUGACAGACCGAAACUGAUUGAAAGUUUAUCAGGUCUAGGAAUUGUCGAUAUAUCAUGUGGAAGUGCACAUAGCGCAGCAAUAACAGCAGAGGGACAUGUUUUAACGUGGGGAAAAGGAAGAUAUGGUAGACUUGGUCAUGGAGAUUCUGAAGAUCAAUUGAAGCCGAAAGUUGUUGAAAUGCUCCUUGGAUAUCGAGCCAUAGACAUUGCAUGUGGUUCUGACAAUGUUUGGUCCUGGGGUGACGGAGAUUACGGAAAACUUGGUCGUGGUGGGAGUGAUGGUUGUAAAGUUCCUAUGAAAAUCGAAAGUUUAGCUGGUUUGGGUGUCAUAAAAGUUGAAUGUGGUUCGCAAUUCUCCGUUGCACUUACAAGAAGUGGCUCAGUUUAUACUUGGGGAAAAGGAGAUUAUCAUCGCUUAGGCCAUGGAAACAGUGAACAUAUUCGAAGACCAAAGAAAGUUGCAGCAUUGCAAGGAAAGAAAAUUGUUUCAAUUGCAACUGGUUCACUCCACUGUAUUGCUUGUACAGACAAUGGUGAAGUAUUUACAUGGGGUGAUAAUGAUGAAGGCCAAUUAGGAGAUGGAACUGUGACUGCAAUUCAAAGGCCAAGAUUAGUGAAUUCACUUCAAGGAAAACAUAUUGUUCAAGUAAUUUGUGGUUCAGCUCAUACACUCGCAAUUUCUACAUGUCCACAUACAUUGGCAGCAAGAACAUUGCCAUCACCGCCAAUGGAAUAUGAUUUAGUCAGAGAUAUUGAACCAGAAGUUCUUCAAAGUCGUCUCGUCUUAUUGCAUCAUUUUUCUGAAUUACUUUGCCCAUGUUUGGCGAUGUUCUCAAUCGAAGGUGAUUUGUCACUUGGCUCAUUACGGGAUCUUCUUGUUUAUAGCAUCAAGGAAGCAAGUUUAAGAAAAGUUAUUCAGUGUACAAUGGUUCGAGAUAAGCCUCAUGGACCUACAAUUGAAUUGAAUCGAAUUCAGGUGAAACGAUCAAGAAAUCGAACGGGAAAUGGAUUGGCCGGAAUUGAUGGAAUGAAAAGUGUCUUUGGUCAAAUGGUUCAAAAGCUUCCAUUAUUGACACAAGAAUCACUUUUUCUUCCACAUAGAAUUUGGAAGGUAAAAUUUGUUGGCGAAAGUGUUGACGAUUGUGGUGGUGGAUUUACAAUAAGAACUGGAUCGCCUUUAAGUCUUAAUUGCUUAGCUGAACCAUGUUGGCGUCAAUUAGCUGGUGAAACACUUCGACCAUCAGAUUUAACAGAAGUUGAUCGUGAUUACGUAACUGGAUUGCUUUGUAUUCGCGACAUGGAUGAUGAUCCAAAAAUCUUUCAAACAAUGGAAUUACCGUUCUCAACACCUUCAGCAAAAGGCCAUGAAGUCUUCUUAUCAACCAAAUAUACUCAUAUUACGCCUGAAAAUCGUCAAGAAUAUGUGAAACUUGCACUUAAUUAUCGUUUGCAUGAGUUCGAUGAACAAAUCAAAGCUGUUCGUGAUGGAAUGUCCAAAGUAAUUCCAGUUCCAUUGUUGUCAUUAUUCUCCGCCUCAGAAUUACAAGAAAUGGUUUGUGGAUCUCCAGAUAUUCCUUUGGGCUUAUUAAAAACUGUGGCAACGUAUAAAGGCAUCGAUUCGACUUCACCACUUGUUCAAUGGUUUUGGGAAGUAAUGGAAGAGUUUACUAAUCAAGAGCGAUCACUUUUCUUAAGAUUCGUUUGGGGUCGAACAAGAUUACCUAGGAGUAUCGCUGAUUUUCGUGGAAGAGACUUCGUCUUGCAAGUUCUCGAUAAAUAUAAUCCACCUGAUCAUUUUCUGCCAGAAAGCUACACAUGUUUCUUCCUCUUGAAGAUGCCACGAUAUUCAUGCAAAGCUGUUUUAAUGGAGAAACUUAAAUACGCCAUUCAUUUCUGCAAGUCUAUAGACACAGAUGAAUAUGCUCGUGUUGCGAUGGGUGACCCAACAAGUCAUACAGCAAGCGAAGACAAUAGUGAUAUAGAAUCGAUCGCCUAAAAUAGUUUCAUAACAUUCACAAGUCAUUAGGGGACGCUUAAAAUAGUCAAAAACAAAUAUUUAUGCUAAAUUGUUAAAUAAAUAAAAAUCAGACAUAGCUUGAUACAUAUUUGACAAAAAAUGUUUAUUACAUUAAUUUUGGUUAAUGUCGAAAUGUUUUUAAUUAGAGUUUAGAGAUUUUUAGUGAUUGAGAAUUAUAUUUCAAAUGGCAAAAAUUCUGGAUUUACCUAGUUGGAUUACAUUUAUGUCGCAGAUAAAUCAUUUCAUAUCACAUUUUAACAAGGAUUAUUUAUUAUUUGUCUAAUUUUAGAAACAAAAAUAAGUUUAUUUAGCUAGAGAAACUUUUAAUGACGAUUUUGAUUAAUUUUAUUAUAGAAAUAAUUCAAUUUAGACAGUUUUCCUCUUUUAGCAACUGUCAUUAAUUAAUGAUCUGAAAACUAAGAAAUAAUUAUUAUCAACAAGACUUUUCAAUUAGCACUCAACGAUUGAUUAAAUUCUGUAUUCUCUUGAUUAGUUUCUAGUCAUUAUCAAGUCAUUAUAAUUUAUUUUAAGCAUCGAAAAAUUUUUAAAUGUGAAAGCACUCUAAACAUGAAAAAAUAUCUUUGUCACUUACAUAAACUUACAAUAUGGAAACAUCAAUAAAAUAAAAAUAUUUUAUAGGUC